GCGGCAGCAAGCAGGCUUUGACUUUGUGGUCUUGGGCCACUUGGCUACUUGGCGCCCGGGCAGACGCCUUCCUCUUAAGUUUUGAGUUUCGCCUCGAUCAUUAUGCAGCGGCCUUCCAUCUUUUUCCUCCUUGCUUUGGGCUCCUGGGCUUUUGGAAAAGGAUUCGCAGAGAAAGAUUUUGUGAGAAUUUGGCCGGAAAAUCCUGUGGUGCAAUUUGGAGGUUCACUUCAGAUAAACUGCAGCGCCAAUACGGAAGGAGAAGUGAUUGGCCUUGAAACAGCCUUCAAAAAGGAAAUCAUUGGAAUUGGAUCCCAUUGGAAAGCCUUCCGUGUCUCCAACAUCAGGGACUGGAAAAGUAGCUUCUUGUGCUAUGCUGAGGAUCACUCGGCAAAAUCUGCAAAAGCAACCAUUACUAUUUACAAAUCUCCAGACAGUGUUGAGCUGGAUCCAGUCCCGGAAAUGGAAGUGGGCAAGCUGUAUAACUUGACAUGCCGGGUUUCUGGUGUAGCCCCCAUCCGGAACCUCACCAUAACCUUGCUGAAAGGGGAAGAGCAACUUCUGGUAGAGACUUUUGAAAAGGACAAAGCUGAUCCUCUUGUGGUGAACCAUGGCAUUAGAGCUCAACAAAAUGACUACAACAAGACAAUCACCUGCCAAACAUCCCUGGAUCUGAGACCAAGAGGACCACUCCUAAAAAAUACUUCCCAUGGCAUAUCAUUACGGACUUUUGAUUUUGCAAAGGCUCCCCUGCUCCAUGCUGGCCUGUUCUUAGAAGCUGGGACCGUGAUGGAAGUGACGUGUGAUGCACCUGAGGCUUUCCCAGCUGAUGAAGUCAUGUUUGAUCUGUGGUUUGCAGGGGAACCUUUGACCUACAGCUCCGUCAAUGGGAAA